AUGAAGGAAGAAGAGGAAUGGAGUUCCCGAGAAUAUGCUGAUGGAAUAAUCUUUAGAGUUAAACCAUUCCCAGACAGUAUUUUGCUGGAUACCACAGUUGUGGCAUGCCAUAUUAAGGCUCUGUCUGUUUUCCCCUACAGUGAUCUCAGUAUGAACAACAUCUCUAAGCUGCCCUCAAACCCCCUGCACAAUCUCCGCUUCCUGGAAGAGCUACGUCUUGCAGGAAAUGGUUUGACAUACAUUCCCAAGGGAGCAUUUGCCGGCCUUUUCAGUCUUAAAGUGCUAAUGCUUCAGAACAAUCAGUUAAGUCAGGUUCCCACUGAAGCACUCCAGAAUUUGCGCAGUCUGCAGUCUCUUCGUCUGGAUGCCAACCACAUAAACUAUGUGCCACCCAACUGUUUCAGUGGCUUGGUCUCUCUUAGACACCUGUGGCUGGAUGACAACUCUUUGACAGAAAUUCCUGUGCAAGCUUUUAGGAGUUUGCCAGCACUUCAGGCAAUGACGCUGGCAUUGAACAAAAUCCAUCAUAUUCCAGACUAUGCUUUUGGAAACCUCUCCAGUUUAGUAGUUCUACAUCUCCAUAACAAUAGAAUCUACUCCCUGGGAAAGAAAUGCUUUGAUGGGCUCCACAGCCUAGAGACUUUAGAUUUAAAUUAUAACAGUCUGGAUGAGUUCCCCACUGCUAUCAGGACACUCACAAACCUCAAAGAACUGGGAUUUCAUAGUAAUAACAUCAAAUCAAUACCUGAGCAAGCAUUUGUGGGGAAUCCAUCACUUAUAACAAUUCAUUUCUAUGACAAUCCUAUCCAGCUUGUUGGAAAAUCUGCAUUUCAACACUUACCAGAACUCAGAACCCUGACUUUAAAUGGUGCUUCACAGAUAACUGAGUUUCCUGACCUGACUGGGACAACAAGCCUAGAGAGUUUGACACUCACAGGAGCACAGAUCACCUCUCUUCCCAAAACCGCGUGUGAUCAGUUACCUAAUCUCCAAGUGCUGGAUCUGUCUUACAAUCUUUUAGAAGAUUUACCCAGCUUUACAGCUUGCAAAAAACUUCAGAAAAUUGACUUGCAUCAUAAUGAAAUCUAUGAAAUCAAAGCAGACACAUUUCAGCAGCUGGUUGCCCUGCGUUCUCUGGAUUUAGCUUGGAACCAAAUUGCAAUUAUUCAGCCCAGUGCAUUCUUUUCUUUACCAUCUCUGAUCAAAUUGGAUCUGUCAUCCAACCUUUUGUCCUCUUUUCCUGUGACUGGGCUACAUGGUUUAACUCACUUAAAAUUAACAGGAAACCGUGCCUUACAAAGUUUGAUAUCAUCUGAAAAUUUUCCAGAACUCAAGGUCAUGGAAAUGCCAUAUGCUUACCAGUGCUGUGCGUUUGGAGCUUGUGAGAGCCAUUACAAAAUCCCAAGCCAGUGGAACAAAGAUGAGAAUAGCAGCACUGAUGAUUUUCACAGGAGAGAGACCAGCAUGUUACAAAUUCAAGAUGAACGUGACUUGGAAGAUUUUCUGCUGGACUUUGAGGAAGACUUGAAAGCUCAUCAUUCAGUGCAAUGCUCACCCCCUCCAGGCCCUUUCAAACCAUGUGAUCAUCUGUUUGGUAGCUGGCUGAUCAGAAUUGGUGUUUGGACCAUAGUGGUUUUGGCCUUUAUUUGUAAUGCACUGGUGACUGCAACAGUCUUCAGGUCUCCAUUGUAUAUUUCCUCUAUAAAACUUUUGAUUGGACUCAUAGCCAUUGUAAACACACUAAUGGGUCUGUCCAGUGGAAUACUGGCUAGUGUGGAUGCAUUAACUUUUGGCAGUUUUGCUCAAUACGGUCCUUGGUGGGAAAAUGGAGUUGGUUGCAAAAUCACUGGCCUUCUCUUCAUUUUUGCUUCAGAAACUUCCAUUUUCCUCCUUACUUUGGCAGCUUUGGAACGUGGCUUCUCCAUAAAGCAAGCUACAAAGUUUGAAACAAAAUCCUCUGUUGCUAGUGUAAAAAUAGCCAUUUUCUUUUGCUUUAUUUUGGCAUUGGUAAUUGCAGUGGUGCCACUGCUUAGUGGGGGUGAGUAUGGGGUUUCUCCACUUUGUUUACCCCUGCCAUUUGGAGAACCGACAGCUAUGGGCUACAUGGUAGCUUUGGUCUUGUUGAACUCCCUUUGUUUUCUGGUGAUGACUGUUGCCUAUACAAAACUGUACUGUAGUUUGGAAAAGGGAGAACUAGACAAUAUUUGGGACUGUUCUAUGGUCAAGCACAUAGCCUUGCUACUCUUUACUAACUGCAUUCUUUAUUGCCCUGUGGCUUUUUUAUCUUUUUCUUCUUUACUAAACCUUACUUUUAUUAGCCCAGAAGUGAUUAAAUCAAUACUGCUAGUCAUUGUCCCAUUGCCAGCAUGCCUAAACCCUCUUCUUUAUAUACUUUUCAAUCCCCAUUUUAAGGAAGAUCUAGGAAGUCUCCGUAAGCAAACUUUAUUAUGGAGAAGAUCAAAACACACAAGUCUGAUCUCUGUUAAUUCAGAAGAUGUAGAGAAACAGUCCUGCGAUUCAACACAAGCUUUGGUAACCUUUGCAAGUGUUGGUAUAUCAUAUGACCUGCCUGCCAGCAGCUCACUAACGCCAUCUUAUCAAAUGACAGAAAGCUGUAACCUUUCAUCAGUAGCAUUUGUUCCAUGUCGGUAGUUUCAGUGGCAAAACAAAAGUUAUCUAUAUGUUUACAAAAUUUCCAGUCCCAAAAUUAAGGAUGGGUGUGUGUACAUAUACUAGAAAGCGGGGUCAAAGGUGCGCUUGAUUCCUGUUACACACAGCUCCAAGUUCCUGGCAAAACUGGCAACAGGCUGAAAUUCCUGCUUAUAAACUCUCUCAGCCCAAUGAAGUUUGAUAUAAAGAGGGAGCCUGAAAACUGCCAGUAUUUACACAGUUGGCUCAGUUCUUUUAGAGAGAAUGUUAAAAAUGCAUCUCUUGGUCAACAGCAAAACAACACAUUGAAGCAAUAGACUUCUUGGAGGCAUGACCAAUAUUUUAAUUAAGCUAUUAACUAAGCAUAUUGAGUUAGAGAAUUUAAAAAGUUAAAAUGACAAAGUUCUCCAGCUAACAGAGUGAAUUUGAGAUCUAGAUUCCCUGAAUAUUGUUAAAUGCUCUAGAUAGGUGGUGGCAUGUGGUUCUUAAAGUGUGUUUCAGGGGAGAGAUGGAAGCUGCCUAUGUUCAUGAUUCAGCAAAGUAUUGAAGCAAAGUAUUGAAACUUAAGCAUGCAGAUAAUCAUGCUGAAAUCCCAGGGGCUUAUGAAAAACAGAUCUCGUCAAAGUAAUUUGAUACUGUUUUUAAAAGCAGUUACAAAUGCAGUUGAUAAAAGUAACAUUUAUUUAAUAAUUCAAAUGGGACCAUAAGACAUCUUCAUAAACUAGAAUAAAACAAAAACAGAAUGGUACAUAAAAAAAUUAUUGAAAAGCAGCUGACUAGUUUCAAUUCAGUCAUAAAUGGCAAAUCAACAAUCAGUGGGAAAAUGCAUGUUUUUCUUGUAAGGCUCCUUAUGGAUCUUGACUCAAUAUUAUUUGUAUUUUUAAUCAAUAAGGAAGACAAAGAUCAGUACUGAUAAGGUCUUUAGAUGAAACACCCCAGGAGAGGAGAAAAUGGUGGGGAAGACAGGUUGCUGAUACACAAUGAGCUGAAUCAGUUGGUAAGCUGAAUGCAAGCAAAUAAUUUGUAUUGCAAAGAAACAAUUGUAAGGUCAAGUCAUCUUGGAAAAAGGGAUGUAAACUUUGGCAUGGGAGAAACCCUCUCCUGGGGAACAGCAAUUUUUUUGGAAAAGAUGCCUGUCGUGUGGAUAGAUGGCCAAACAAUCUCGCUAUGCAACUAGACCAAAAAGGUGUACAGAUCUUUUCAUGUGUAGGCAGGAGAAUAUGAAGUAGAAAUAGAAAGAACAUAUCUAUUUGGCAUUUGUUGUGACUGAUAAUGAAAUAGUGCAUCAAAUGUGUGUGUCCACACAUCAAGGACAGAUAAAAAUUGGGGAAGCUUCAGAGAAGAACCAAAAAGAAUGAUUACAAGUUUAGAAAAUCUGGCUUAUAGCAAGAAAUCCAGGAGCUCAAUAUUUUGAUCUUAUUAAAGAGAAGGUUAGUAGAUUAUUUGAUCACAGUUUGUAAGUAUCUGCAUGAGGAACAGAAAUAUGUUCAUAGAUGUUUCUUUAAUCUAACAGACAAAGGAUGGCAUGAUCCACUAGCUGGAAAUUGAAGGUAGAUAGAAGUUCGGACUAGAAAUAAAGUGUAGAUUUUUAACAGCAAGAGUAAUUAACCACCCAAAUAAUUUACAAAGGCUGCAGUGGAUUUGCUAUCAUUGGGAGUCUUUAAAUCAAAAUUAGACAUGUGUUCUUAAAAAAAAAAAAAAGUUCUCUAGUUUAGCUAUAGCUAUUGGACUUGAAGGAAGAAUUAAUUUAAGGGAGGUCUUUAGCCUGUGGCUCAUAAAAGCUAAGAGUAAAUGGCCACAUAAAAAUCAGUGAAUUCCUUGCUGAAUCAGAACCAUCAUGAUUAGAGAGGAGACCCCCAGCACCUUGCCUACUUUAUUUUUCAAAUCUUCUAAGCAACAUAGCUCCCACUGCUUUGUUUGGAGACUAGCAUAUACCUUGAUCUAACUUCAAUCCCAUUUUCCGAGAGAUGGCCCCUUUUCUUCAAUGAGCAGAUCAAACAAAAUGCUGUUAUGCAUAUAUUCAGAAAGGGGGGGGAGGGGGGGAGACUUCCAUAAGCAAAAAUUUUGAAUGGGCCAGUACCUACUACUUAGGUUAAAGGUCACUCCAAGCUCCAGGUGGGCAAAAGUAUAUUUUGAAUAACAUUAAAUAACAUCUGAAUAACAUAACAAGGUGAGAUGAGCCAAAUAAUUUAAGGUAACCAAUUACAGAUGAUUGAUCUUUAUAUGUUACCACAUAUGUAACUGACUGUCACCCAAGGAUGAGUUUCACAAAGAAAAGUCUGUCACCAGCUUCAGACACAUCUAGAAAUACCAGCGUGAAUGAAGAAAACACAUUAUUUAGCUUUGUAGUUACAGAUGGCAUCAGGUUGACUUUGGCUGACGUGCAUCCUUGGGAAAAAAAAUGAACAAAUGGAGAAAUUAUGUAUGAUAAAGCUGGCUGCGUGGUUAUCUUAAUCCUUUUCUCCUGUGGCUUUUGAAGCAGUGCAGCCUGCAGCUGGAAAAUGAUUCCUGAAACCACUUUGGAUUAAACAGAGGAUCAAUCGACCAUUGCACAAUGCUUAUUACCAUGUUUAUUUAGCUUUAUUUUAACGUGAGUCCAUCUGUGCUGCACUGCUUGAUGUCAGUGAAAUUCCUUUCAGCUCGCUAUAUUUAAGAAGUUUGUAAAAUGAUUUGAGAAACAAAAUAAUGUUAUAAAUCUAAAGACUAGUUUAAAAAGCUACUUCUAUUAGAACUUUUUUACCUUGCAGAAAGUCCUAAAUGAAAGACUAUACGUCUUAUUUUUAUAAGCAUGUUUGAAUUAUUUUGAUCAGAUAUUUUAACUUGGAAUUGUUAAAAUUCAUUUAAGAGAUUUUUUAAAUAAGAUUUGUAAAUAUAGAGCUGUAUUUAUUACUACAGUAAAAUACAACCAUGCUAAAGGAUGUGAGAA